UUAUGUCAACAAUGAAUGUUAUUUAAAAAAAAAGAUUAUAAACAGUUGUCACAAUUUAUUCGUUUUUUAACAAGUUUUUUAAAUAAUAAUAAAAAAAACGUUUAUAGAACGAAAUCAUGUACAUACUGUGGGUACAUAUGAUAAUAACAUUAUAACUAUUUAUAGAACACCUUUCAAAAAAGCGGUUACAAAGUGCUAAAUAAAGAAUAGAAUAUAUAUUUAUUUAUAAUCAUUAUUAUUAAUAACAAUACAAAACCGAAAUACAUGUUUGAUCUAUAUAUAAAUACAAAUGACAAAUAAAUAAAAUGAAGCAAAUAAAGGGGUGAACGCAAUAGAUAAAGAAGCAGGGAUAAACCUGUUUAGCAUAAUACACAGGUUUACUUAAUAAGAUAAGAUCAAAUAAGAUAAGAUAACCCGUAUUCAUCCCAUCCAGCGGGGAAAUUCAUUUGUUACAGCAGCAGAUCCAUCAAUUCAAAUAAAUAUGCAGAGAACGUGUACACGAUAAACACCUUUCAUCACCGGUGGAAAUACUAUUUGCAGAGAGAAGUGCAGUGUCACAGGAUACUGAACUAAACUCCGCAUGUAGAACAAUACAGUUGAUCAGAUAUUCAAGGGCACCGUCCUCUGGUUUAACAUGGUACCAGACGACAUCUUUGACAGUGUAUUUAUAAAUGUGCAGCUUUGAGAAAUUAUGUAAUUUUUUUUAAACGAUCCAAUAAGCUUGAAAAAGUUGCGUUUAUGAAGCUUUAAUAAGUGACUUUUUAUUCUGUGGAGUAUAAACACGCAAGAUAAUAAUAAUGUGCGACUCCCGCAUGAUUUGAUGGUGUUUAAACGCUGAUAUCUCCUAAGUCAUCCACCCAUGCAGUCACAGUGGAUUCCCUCGGCUAAACCCGGAAGCGCUGCUGUUUGGUUAGCAGCGUGACACUCCUCCCUCCUUACGUCACGUAACAGGAGCACGCUGAAGGUUAUCGUGGGUUUGUAUGAAGCGGAGGGAAGAAUGAUCUCUCAUCUGAGAAUUAGCGGCGGACCUGUCACCAUCUGACAACAUGCAGAUCGUGGAUUUUGUCUCCGGAUCGCUGGCAGGAGCAUGUGGAGUUGCUCUGGGCUACCCUCUAGAGACAGUGCGGGUCCGGAUCCAGACCCAGAAACAGUUUACUGGAAUAUGGCAGUGUGCUGUUACAACAUUUUCAAAAGAAGGGGUGCACGGCUUCUUCAAAGGCAUGACCAUACCCAUCAGCACGAUCUCUGUGACCUCCGCCGUAGUAUUCGCCACAUACAGGGACUGCCUGCGUCGUCUGAACCAGGCACGAGGAGCUGAUCCUACGGCUCCAAACAGAAAACUAGAUGUCUUCCUGUCUGGUAUGGUGGCGGGUAUAGUUCAGACUUCAGUGCUGGCUCCAGGUGACAUCGUGAAAGUACGACUGCAGUGUCAGACCGAGUCCAAGCGAGGAGGACCCGACAUGCCCAAACCUAAGUACCGUGGUCCAAUUCACUGUCUGCUGAGCAUUAUUAGAGAAGAGGGUGUCCGGGGCCUUUACAGAGGAAUACUACCUCUCAUACUACGAGACGCGCCAUCGUUUGCCAUGUACUUUUGGACCUAUUCCGUUUGCUGCGAAUUACUCACACGCAGUGGCAAGAAAAGUCCAGAUUGGAGAGCUGUAAUGCUGGCCGGUGGACUGGCAGGAAUGGUGGGUUGGACUAUAGGCACACCCAUGGAUGUGAUCAAAUCCCGUCUGCAGAUGGACGGCAUUCGGGGGCCGAGGAAAUACAGAGGUCUUAUCCACUGCCUGACUGACACGGUGCGGGUGGAAGGAGUCGGCGUUUUCUACAGAAGCUUGGGCAUCAGCGUUUUGCGCGCGUUCCCUGUUGGGGUUGCCGUGUUUGCUACGUACGAGGUUGUCAGCGGUUUCCUCCGACCUGGACCAGACAGCAUUGAACUGCCUUGGAGGCUGAAAUAGUAUCAACUACUUCCAUCCUCUGUGUAUCAUGCUCCUCUCUCUGUAUUUAAUGUUUGUUUUUACAAUGACGUCCACAGCUGCAGAGACUGGUAAGGAUGGUUUGCACAGCUAUCAUGUGAGCUUCCUGUUACAUAUAGUAUUCCUAGUGAGGGUUACAUAUCCUAAUAUGCUCAGGGGAAACGUGUUAAGGAACUGCUGUUACCAGAUAGUGGACCAUGCAGCAGCUAACCACUAGAUGUCCUCCCUGGCCAGUAUGUAACCAUAUCUGGGGGUUCUUUUCUGAAUAUGACUAAAAAAUUAUCUGCAUGACUGGUGCCUUUUUUCACCAGAAGUGCAGCGCACCAAGAAACUGCAGUACUUAUUUAAUUUUAGUUAUGGUUGGCACCUCAAGACCAUGUAAGACCUCGAAUGUAGAAUUUAUCAAUGAGCUACAAUACGCACAGUUAGGGAAGAAUGAAACCGGUCCAAGGUGCAUUUUUGUGCAUUAAUACGUCCUCUGCUUAUUUCCAGCUCAGCAGCAACAUACUUGAUGGUUCAUAAUAUUUAAACCUUUGAUGCAGUGGAUCAAGGGUCAACAUAUCUGCCAAUUUUUUUUUAUUUUUUUAAUCAAGAUGCAUGAAUUGUUCUCUGAGAAAUCAAGGAAAAUGUUAUAAAACGCCCUUCCUCGCAAUUUUUUAAGUUAGUGGAGAAAAUCCAGGAUCUGCCCCCUGAUCCGGAUCCACACCAAUUGGAUUUUCCCUUUACCCCUCAACAACAUUUCUUGGAAAUUGUUUUUUAAAUGUUUGUGUAGUCCUGCUAAAUAACAAACAAACUUGGCGGUGGUAAUUACAUACAGAAAUACACUGACCAUCAUUGUAUGCCCUCAGAAAGACAUGUAUGUACUUUCUUUUUACCUCCUUCUUCAUAUACGUUUAUACAAUACACUCGCCCCCAACAUAUAAAACACUUUGCAAAGUUGUGGGUUUAUUUUCAGGAGAAUGGGGGACAUGAAAUCAGAGUUCUUCAUAAAAGGACAAAUCUGCGAUCAAUAUUUCUUGUAAUCAACUUUUAUAAUUUUAAUGGAAAUAUUCAUUUUACUCUCUUGAACAAAAGCACUACAAGAAAACUACUAAAUGGUGAAUUGAUUUCUAACGUCAUGUAAGCAAACUGACACUGGAAUAUUUAGUCAGUUCCUACUUCUUUUCUGAGAUUAUUAUUACUACAAAUUGCAAUUCAAAAUGUGCGUAAGUGGCAAUUCUGACUGCACUUAGAAUAUGAAAUGUAGACCACUGUAUAAUUAUGGCCUUCUAAAAUUUAGGAUAUGUUCACAUAUCUGAGUUUUAGCUGCAAGUUGGAUUUCAUUUUUAAUAUUUUUAAUAUUUCUUUUAAAUCUUUCAUAACUUAAAGUGAACAGGUGCUUUAGCAGUAAGAUAAUAACAACAAACACAACUUAUUCACGGCUUCAUAUCAAGGCCACACAUCAAAUGUUUUUCAUUUGCUGUUGAAAUGUUUUCUGUCUGAUUAUUAGACACCUCACAUGUUUUUUAUUUGUGCCAUGUUGUUUCGUAGCUGUACCGCCACCUAGUGUGUGAGACGGACAUCAUCCUGGUAACAUCAUUCAGAUCGGUGUCUGCAAAUCUUUCAAAAUAAUAUCACUAGUUUUGCUCCAACUAAGACCAUCCUGAUAUUGUUUUUGUUAAGGUUAAAUAUUUCACUAAAAAUGAGUAACUGGAAAUGAUAUUGUUUUCUUUCUAUUUCUGCAACAUGCACACCCUUGGUUAUGUUUUUUUAUUUAUUUUGUGUGUGUGAUACGGUAUCUACAAGGUUACGGCUGCUCGGAUAUUUCUUUGAAAAAUAUGUAACCUAUAACUAUUCAGUGAACUUUAAUGGGAUGUGUGUAUAAUUUAACUUUGAUUUGUGUUGAGGAGUAACAAUCAAUGUAGAGUGAUAUUUUAGAUAUGAAGAUAGUGUAACAAAAUAUAUAUCGUAGUGGACGCCUUAAAUCCUUCAAACAUUUUAGAUGUGCAGUUUUAAAAGAGAGAGUCCUUCUUCCUCGGUGGAGUCACUUCCAUUCGUUUCCAUCAUUGAGUUUGAAUGUGUGGAUUACAAUAAUAAUUUUGAUCCCAUUAAUGCAAUGCAGGAUAUAGUGGAAGCUGUUGCUUCGUGAAAUGUGGCAGAAUCAUCUCUGCAGUGUGUUGAAUAAUAGAACAGAGGGAUUGGUGUAGCAUCCACAAACUUUGUGUUCCCAGCUUUACACAUUGUGGGAAACUUUAGACAUCAAAAGACAUUCACACAGUUUUUAUUGAUGUGGACCAUAUAUGUUUGUGGCAAUGUUUUUUCAAUGAAGCUUGAAACCUGAUUUAUUCCCCCAAUAAAGAACUACUGACAGAG